ACUUCAUUCCGGAAACAUCGUUUUGAGGAGUUCCUCCUCCUCAGCUUCCUGUCUGUUAAUCCACUUGUUGAGUCGAGGAGGAGGACAUCGAGGUGGAUACAAAGUGUAAGCUUCGCUAAAAGUGCAACAAUGGCGUACACGGACGGAUAAACAGCGACAGAUUGGAAAGCAAAAGCCGGCGGUUGAGCACCAUGAUCGGUUUGAAGGAAGCCGGUGUCCUCGGCACCUCCGUCGUUGUAGCGGGGGGAGUCGCUUAUCUUCUAUGGACCUACGCGUCCUCCUCCUCCGGGGAGGAGAAGCCUGAAACUCGGCCGGAGAAAGACGGUAAAAGUGCUCGAGAGGAAGAAGAGGGAAAGGCACAGAAGAGAAGAGAGGAAGCUGCGGCUGAACAAACUGUUGUGGCCGCCGCCGCUGCUGCUGUUGCUGCUGCUCAAACUCAGAAAGCAUCGAUGUCCAAGUCUGUGGAGUCAGCAGGGACGCAGGUGCUGGUUCUGGGUCUGGAUGGAGCGGGUAAAACCAGCCUGCUGCACUGUUUGGCCACCGGGUGCCUGGAGCAGGACAUGGAGCCGACGCAGGGCUUCAACGCAGUCUCCAUCAGCAGAGAGGAUCUGCACAUUGAAUUCCUAGAAAUUGGAGGUAAAGAGGAGCUCCGGCCGUACUGGCAGAAGUACAUGUCCAAGGCCCUCCUGCUGGUGUUCGUGGUCGACUCCUCCAACCCACAGCUUUUCCCCGUUGCUAAGAAGCAUUUACAUGAGCUGCUGGCCUCUGACCCCCGCCUGCCUUUAAUGAUACUGGCCCACAAACAGGACCUUCCAGGAUCCUGCAGCAUCACCGACCUCCACGACGCUCUGUCUCUGUCCGAGGUCGGAGACCGCAAGUUGUACCUCAUCGGCACCUACGUGAAGAAGGGCGACGCGGAGCUUGCCUAUGGCGUCCAGGACGCUCGCGACCUGAUCAUCCAGAUGGUUUGUGACGGCAGAUAAACACACUCCGUUGGCGGUUGUCAUUUACUCCUGUGUGUUUUUGAUACAAAUCAAAUAGGUUCUCUGCACCUUUUUCACAUCAGUGUUUUCGCUACACCAGGUCGGCUGAAAGUCUUUAAUUUAUUUAUGAGAAAAUAAAAAUAAAUGUAUUUGUUGUCUUUGUAUGGUAUAGUUGGGGUUAUAAAACUCCUGGAUUCUGGAUAUGAAAGUGUAAAAUUUCACUGACUUGGAAAAGCACUUUCCUUGUUUGACAAUGACAGUUUUUUUUCCAGACCUACGGUAUCUUUAUUUUCGCUCGGUGCCUACAGGACACUCCUAACAACAUGUGUGUUCAAAUGUUCUCUCCACCAAAGAUUUAUUUUAUUUUCAUCCAGGCUGGUGGUGAUGAGUUUCACCUGUAGAUCAUGCUACACGAGCAACUCUAGAAAGCAGUUAAUGCAGAUGGUACAGAAUCACAAUGGAUUUAUUUCAGGCCAUCUGUGUAGCUGCGGGUUGCAGCUUUAUCACCCACGAUGAGCCAACAGUCUGUUAACUAAUUUGUUAAGUAGGCAAAC